AUGCAGGUGUUUGUGGCCCCGCGCACGCUCGACAUACUCGUGGGGCCAUCGCCAGUCUCAUGGCGUCUCCACGUCGUUGGCAUGGUGUACGUCGCGGCCUCCGUGGCGCUGAGCGUCUUUGUCAUGGGCGCAUUUUCUCCGUACACGGCGACCGACUACUUGUGGCCCGACCUCGUCACGACAUCGCCUGUGUUGCGGCAGCUUCUCAACACCCAUCUCUCGACGCUGCCCUACGCGACAGAGCACAACUUCGACAUAUUCGCACCAUCCUUCGCCCUCCUCGGGGGGCUUUUGUCGGGCGUCGACGCUGUGUACGUCCGCCGGGUCCUCUACAACGAUCUCACAACUUUGCCGAUCGCGAUCCAGAGCCUUCGAAGACUCUCCACCGAUCAAGUAUCGAUGCUCGUCGCACCGUACUGCUGGGUUGACUUGGAGAAACACUGGGAGUUUGCCUACUCGACCAAGCGCCAAGCGCGCUGUGCGGCGUCCGAGACGGCAAAUGCCGCCAUGUAUCUGGAGUCGGUCCUGCGCAACAUCGAUUUUGACGCGUGGCGGCAGUUUAUGGGUGGCCUCUUUGACAGUCGCAUCGGUGAUCCGAUCGCAGCGACCGGACAAAGAGGCGCCGACUGGCUGCGUACGUUGACCGCCCACACGAUCCUUUCCAUUAACGACGAAGUGCAGCUGUGGCGCUCGCACAGAUUUCGCCACUUUACGCUUCAAUAUGGCACGGGCACCGGUUUUGGCCUGUUUGAAAGUGUUCUUGUCGAGAACGCCCUUGGCAUCGCGGUUCCCAUGUCGCUCAAGAGCAUCCCAACGACCAGUCGUCACAUGCACCGAAAAACGUGUCUCUUCUACGACCUCUUCAGCAACGACUUGUACGCGCCGAGCGAGAACCAGACCAUGGUCCGAGGCACCUUGAACUACUUUGCGGAUACGACACCCGAUGUGAUGGCGUGCUUCAUCGAAGGCUGUCCACUACCCCCGCUCGGUCAAACGCUUCACGACCAAGUCGGCUGGCUUGCCGCCCUCGAUGCCAAGUGGGUUCUGCCCCCGCCGGCGCUUGUCAAGGCCAUCGAUCGUUUCCGCGCCGAUAUGAUGUCGGCGCUCGUAACCUCGCCGGCGCUACAAGCCCAUGUCGUGCCCCCCGUGUCGCUGCAAUUGCGGCCUCUGCAGUGGGCCGAUCCGGGACUGAGCUUCUACAGUGGCAAUCCGUGGUGUAUCUUUGGCUCGCCAUUGUCAUUUGUGCAGCAGACCUUUGGCUUUGAGGAUGUGUGUCAGCGCCAAGCGCCGCUGACGUCUUUCUGGCGCAUUGACGCUGGUGUGUUUGCGCUGCUGCAGCUCGGGGAGGCGACAAGCGACGAGGUCUGUGCCGCCGCGGUGGACGCGGCGGCGUGUGAACGAGCCUUCCACGCGACGGAUGUCUUGGCCCGAGCGAUGUCCUUGCAAGCGCCACAUGUUGCCCAUUUGGUGGACCACAGUAUUGGCCUUUUCCAGUACUUGCGCAACCAGACGCAGAGUGAUCCCCAGAUCCAGAUGCAAUGGCUGCUGGACCCGACCUUUGCUUUUUUCGGCUGGACCAUGCUCUACGACUGGGCGUUAGGGCAACGGGAAGUGCUCUCCCUCCAAGGCGAUGUCCAAACGGUCAAUGUGAUCUCGGUCGCCUACCCCCCGGUCGUCUCGGACGUUCCCCCCGCACCAGCAACGCUGGGACCGUACCUGUGGUACUCGGCGGCCAUGACGACAGCGACACUUUGCGUCGUCGGUGCCGUCACGCUCUGCCUCGGGUGCACCCUCCGGUCGACGUCAUGGAUCAUGUUCAACCCGGUGGUGUCUGCCGUCUAUAUUGGUCGGUACUUUCUGCUCGCCCGCAGCGGACUCGCCCUUGUGUGUCUCUCAACAGCCACCACAGCGCUGUCAGCGCCUUCUGCGGUCCUCCUCCAAGUGCGAAAAUCCACACGAUCGCUUUGGCUCUCAAGCGCCUUGGCCGGCGAAGGUCUCUGGCUGAUUUACGUCCUCCACGAAGUCGUCGCACCUCUUGUCCAAAGGACGCAUCGUGUGUCGACACUUGUCAUUCUCAUCGCAACCUGGGCCGUCCUUGUUUGCAUCGAUCAGUUUGCGCCGGUCACAUGGCGCAUCCAUCUCCGUCGCGAGUGCUCGAUUGAAAACCUCGAGACGGUCACGUGUGAUAGCGGACGGGUCGUGAUUGGCAGCUGGGAGCGCCUCGUUCUCCUCACCAGUCUUCUCUUCGGAGCGUGGCUCCUUGCAAUCCUACUGCCGUGCCAGCGUCGCCUGUCCAUGCCAUUAUUGCACGUGCUGUUGCCCCCGACGCUAACCAGCUACCACGUCGGCGAGGUCUUGGAGCUCGACACGAUCUCGGCGGUCAUGUGCGGCCUCGUGGCCUUCGACUAUGGCGGUGUUCACUAUCUCCUCGACACCAAACUCUGGCGGGUCGUGCGUACUCAAGAGUAUGGCGUCCGUCGGCACCGACAGUAUCUGAGCUUUAACACGACGAGUGCUUCCAAAAUGCAAUUGCGCCUCGGCCCAUUUCGACACAAACGCGCGUGGUUUCAGCACAGUACCGCGCUGCUAGGGCUCGGGUAUCUCGUCGCGACGCUCACCAGCAAUAUUGCGUACCUCUCUGUCAUGUCGGAUUCGCUCGCCAACGACUUUGGCUGGUCCGGCUUCAACACGUCCGGUAUGCACGCAUUUCUUGCUACAACCUUUACGCAGUUGUCGCUGACGUCGACAGAGAUACUGCCAUUCUUGGAGCUCGACACACCGGCACUGGGCAUGCCUCUCUACCGCGACACGCGCGGCACCAUCGAGUGGCACGCCAACCUCGCCCGUCGAGAGCUCUUCAAUGAAGACACACUGUCGCUUCCAUCGGCAGUGCGCGGUCUCCGGUCCAUGGACCCAUGCCAGCUGCCGUGGAUGUUCACCCAGUACUGCUACCUCGACUUGAACCGGAGCUGGACCAUGGCCAGCACCGCCGCGCGCCAAGUCCGGUGCGACGCAAUGAUGCGCGACAACGGGGCCGUGUACCUCGCUGCGCCGCUUCGAAAUGUCCGCGACUGGGACGCCAUGCGCACCUGCUGGGGCACGUCGUUGCAGAUGGCGUUCACAAGUGUCCUCGAGCAGACAGCAGGCGGGCGGGAUUGGUGGCGUGCGACGAUCACGACUGCGCUCCCGAUCGACGCCGAGGUGGCUCUCUGGCGCACACAUGGACUCUCGACGUUCCGGCUGCAGUGGCAAAACUUCAAGACGACGGGGUUCCAUGAUGCGAUCGAGAUUUCGACCGCGUGGGGGCAACGCUUCGCGCUCACGAUCGCGCACCUACCCCCCCAGGUCCACACAGACAGACAGACGUCAAUGCGUCUCUACUGGGCCUUCGCCAGUGAUCUCUGGGCGGUGGCGAGUAACGCCAGUGGCAUCGGGGGGAUGUCCCUCUUACGCGAGGCCUCCAACUUUGCCUUUGCCAACACGACCCCAACGCAGCUCUUGGUCACCAAUCGAACGCUUUUGGAGCCGCUGCAAGCUGGCCUUUUCGUGCUGCAAAGCACGGUAGGACCCUUUGGUGCCAUCGACACCGAGUACAUUUCAGUGCCGAGCGCGCUCCGGCGGUUUUACGGCGCGUUCAUGCAGGCGCUGGCGAACCUGACGCUCUCCAACAUGACGGCACAGGACGCGUUUGUUCAACUGCCGGCCAAGUCGUCGAUCUGUGCGCUACCCAUGGAGCUCUUGACCGAGACGCCGCCGCUCUUGAACGUCGGCGGCAACCUCAUUUGCGGCAGCGACCUCGCCCCCAUCGACAUUCAUUACGGCCCCAAUACCUUUGUCUCGUUCCGCUCGGACUGCGAUUGGUGGGUCACAGAAACCAUUGAAGUAUCCACGACGGCGGUCCUCUUCGCCUUCGUGGGCGUCGAUGUGGCCAUCCACAGUGACCGUCUGUGCACGUCGGAUGUGUUUUCCGAAGUCGACUGCCGCUUCAUCUACGACACGAUACAGCGCUUCCGGGGCGAGCACGCCGCAUCGUUCGAGGCACUGUCCGCGUCUGCCGUUGCCAGCGCCGUCAAUGCCCUUGACGUAGCGCUCGUCCAAUACAUAACGCCCAGCACCAUCGCAGCGACGCAGUUGUAUCAACGGGGCCUUUUAAACGGCACGGACGACCCGGCCUGGCCGUUCUUUGGGUGGUGCUAUCUCUUUGAUUGGGUCCUUGGCGCGCGCGAAGUCGUGUCAUUCCAAGGCGACCAGGGCCGCGUGCGCACGAUCACGACAGCGUUUCGGCCGCUUGCGCUCGAGCUCGACCCGACCGAGAUGCGCACGACACUGAGCUACGUGUGCCGAACGAGCGCCCAAUACGUCACACUGCUCCUCAUUAGCGUCAUUGUGCUCGUCCUGUGCUACACCGUCACCUCAUUUGGUGCAAUCAAUGCCCUCCACCUCUUUGAGCUCAAUCGUAUUGUCGGCCAUGUCUGGGUCGGCCGGCUCCUCCUUCUGUUUCGAAGCGCGACGGCGCUGUGGCUUUUGAACACGAGCCAAUUGACGCUUGCCUCGACCGGCCACGGCGCCCAGCUCGUUGUGCCAGCGACACCGUGGUACAAGGUGGUCCUUGUCGCGUCUGAGCUGACAUGGCUUGUCUACGUGCUCAACGACUUGCUUAGCAGCGUCACGCAGCAGUAUACGCCGGCGUAUGCGUGGAAGAGCUCCUUGUUGACGUGGGCGAUCGCUGUCGGCUGCCAAGGGCCGCCGCGAUAUACCGCGAUCUUGCAGCGAACCUGCACGUCGGUCGAUAUGGACGGCGCGCUGGAUUGCACCACCGGGUACAUUUCCAUUGGCCGUCUCCGCGGCGUGUUCACGGGCGGUUUAAUUGCGCUGGGCGCGGUGGUCAGUACGGCGGUCGUACAGCGGUGGCGGGCGCUGCCGCCGCGACAGCUUCGGACGCCGUACUUGAGCUCGGCGAGCUAUUUUACGUUGAUGGUCCAAGCAAACGACGUCGAGUGCGAGAUUGAUGCUGCGUUUGCGCUCAUGGCCGGUCUUAUCUCGGUGCGCUGGCGACAAAGGACCUACUUUUUCGAUAUCAAAAGCUGGCGAUUCCACUCGUGCUAG